AUGAAUGGCAGUAUACGACACGACGACGCGUCUUCGGAUAUGGAUAGCUUGGCCGAGAAUUUCAAGGGCAGGCUUGCUCUGGAUGAAUCGCUGAAUUUCGACCAAGACGGCGAGAUGAGGUAUUUCGGGCCAACGAGUGGGCGACUUCAGUUUCAGGGUUCUUCCAGUAAUCGAGUUAGUAUUGAUGGAUCUGCUUUUUCGGUCUCUCCACCGGAUCAAGUGUCCGAUAGCUAUGGCUAUAUCGACCCCAUUGACCCAAUCACGGCUGGGAUGGGGGUUCCAAAGGACGUCCAGGACCAUCUGAUUGAUUUGUACUUCAGGUGGGAGCAGCCAUGGUAUGCUGUGGUCGAUGAGGAGCUCUUCAGGGAAAGUAUGAAUAAUGGUGGACGGUACUGGACUCCGCUGCUGCAUAAUUGCAUUCUUGCUUUGGGGUCACGGUAUUCCGAUCGUGUCGAUGUCCGAUCGGACCCAGAUGAUCCAAAUACAGCGGGGAAAUCAUUCCUCGAAGAAGCGAAAACCCAGCUCCACAGGGAGAUGGAAAGGCCCAGCCUGACUACUAUCCAAGCACUCGGCCUGAUUGGGAUGGUGUAUAUUGCGAUGGGGGCUGACGCCGCUGGCUGGUUGCACCACGGGAUGGCGAACCGAUUGAGUCUCGAUAUGGGCUUGAAUCUGGACCCAGCUGGAUUUGAAGAGACGAAUGCGAUGACUCCACGGGAGAUUCAACUCAGAAGACAGAUAUACUGGACCUUGUAUUGUCAUGAUAAGUUGUCAUCCAGUUAUACGGGACGUAUAUGCUCUAUGCUUGUAGUAGCUGGCACAGUAUUCUGA